AUGGAGCUGGAGCUCGAAGCAGGCGGCGGCGGCGGAAGAGUGGUUUCCCUCUCCAGCGAGUCCCCGUCGGCCGAGCUCGGCCGCGGCGACCUGGUUCUCGCAGACCGCAACAUAUCGCGCCGCCACGUCUCCCUCCGCCUCGUCGGCGGCGGGGAGCCUGGGGUCGCCUUCGAGGUCGUAGGGAGGAACCCCGUGCUCGUCCGCUCGCCAGUCGGAGGAGACAAGGUGUACCGCCGCGGCGAGGCGGGCGAGCUCCGGGCCGGGGACGGGCUGUCUCUGUCGCUGAAGGCGCCGUCAUUCUGGACGGUGCGGAGGACGGCCGGGGAGGAGGAGGCGGUUGAGGGUGCGGAGGUGGAGGUGGACACCGCGGUGCUAGACGCGGUGGCGAGGCGGGAGAAGCGGACGCGGGAGAGGAAGGAGAGGGAAAGGGAGAGGCGAGCGUCGGAGGAGGCCAUGGAGGUGACGAAGGAGGAUGUUAUGGCGGCGUCCGGUGAUGACGAUUUGGAUGAGGAAGUAGAGGAUCUGAAAAUUGAUCUUGAUAGCAUCGACCCGGUUCAAGAGUUUGGUUUUUUGUCGGUGGGUCAUGAAUUUGACAAUUACCCUAAGGGCCGGAUUCGCCCUCCGAAGGAUUGGAACUGGUUCCUAGAGGAAAUAAGGAAGGGCAGCGAUGAUGAAGAUGACGACGAUGUUAGUAACACGGGACGUAAAUCAAGGGGUCGUAGUCGUGCGAACAAGAAGAAGAAAAAGAUAGAGGGUGAAGAUGAUGAUGAGUGGACUGAUGAGAGCGAAGAUGGAAAAGACACCCUGCUAACAGGCGCUAGUGUGAAGAGACCAAAAAAGUAUGUAACAAGAUCGAAAGACCCCAAAAAACCUCGCAAGGAGAACUCAAAAACAGAAAAUGAGGAUACGGCGGAUGAACAGGAUGAGACAGAUGAAGAUGAUGAAGCAGAUGAGACACUGGGAGGUUUUAUAGUCGGAGAAGAGGAUGAGGAUGAGCCUAUGGAAGAGCUGAGUGAGGAAGAAGAGGAAGAUGAAUUCGAUGAUGAAGACGAGGACGACUGA